AUGGCAUACACAAAAUAUUAUCAACAAAGCACCUUAAUGUUUGCUAUAUUUGGCGGUACUGCGACAUUUGCUGAGGACAAUAAUUUAUUUUUUUUUAAAUAAAUAAAAAAUUUUAAUUAUCAAUGAAUACAUGCUAUUCAUAGGAAUUAGUAUUUAUUAUCUAUUAUUUAAGUAUUUAGAUUUUUAUAAAGAAUAUAUGUGUAUGAAUUAUUUAGAUUAAAUACCACAUCUUUUACAUGGGUAAUUAUGCCUCAAAAUGGAGAUGUGCCACCAAGAAUGCAUGGCGCUAAUCUUGUAUAUAAAAACGGAGUUUUUUACUUAUUUGGAGGAUAUAAUGCAAAUUUUUAUAAUUCUUGGUUUUAUAUGUAUAAUGUUGAGGAAAAAAGGUGAAGCAAUAUAAAUCUAUUCAGAGAGAGUAUUUGAAUUUAAAUUUUUCUAAAAAAAUAUAACGAAAAUCUUUAUAAAUGGGAAUAUCAAAUAACAGUGAAAAUUAUAUAGAAAAAAUAUACCCUCAAAGAACAUUAGCAGGAUCUGCAAUAAAUGACAAUUUUAUUUAUUUAAUUUUGGGCUGAUCAAAUUUAAAUGAAAACACACUUUCUGAUAUCUAUCGAGUAGAUUUAAAUGAUUCCAGCUAUUCGUGGGAGCUGUUAACUACAGUUGGAGAUUAUAAAAAGAGCUCUUUUGCGUUUUCUACAAAUGCUAACACAGCUUAUAUGUUUUCUGGCUACGAUAACAAAGACUCCACAAAUGAUCUAGCUUCAUUAGAUUUAUCAGUUUCUCCUAUAAAAAUAACUGCAAUAACCGAGCCUUUUUUAGAACCAAAAGAGCGUAUGAAGCAUACUCUGGAAGUGGUUUCUGGCAAACUUUAUUUAUUUGGAGGAGAUAGUUAUGGAGAAAAAUUAAAUGAUUUGUGGUCAUUUGAUAUAAAUAAUAAUAUAUGGUCAAAUGCUAACGUGAAUGGAUCAUUGCCGCCUGCAAGAUCAGAUCACGCAGCUAGCUCACAAGGAAAUGUUAUGGUAAUUUUUGGAGGUAAAGGGCAAUCAAAUUUAUUAAAUGAUAUACAAACUUUUAAUUUCAUUUCAAAUUCCUGGACAGAGAUUUCUCCAUCUACCUCAACAAUGCCAAGUCCCAGAUACGGAUCUUGUAUUGUUUAUUCCUCCCCAUUUAUAUUUAUAUAUGGCGGACAUACAUCUACAGGCUAUUCUUCAGAACUAUGAAAAUUCCAUACAGGCACAAAUACAUAUGAAUUACUUGGCAACGGGCCAAUAGAAUUAGAGUCACCGCGAUGCUCAUUUUCUAACUACACAAUUUAUGUCAUGUUUGGAAAAACAAAUAAUCAGAGACCUGAAGGGUCAAUUUAUACUUAUAAUAUUGUCAAAGAUGCUUGAACUGUUAAUUUUAAUCCAAGUUUAGGAAAUAAAAAGCAGUCAGAUGGCCCUGUAUUGAAAAUAAAUCAAAAUAUUUUAGUAUUUGGAGGACAAUCGUGAGGAAUAAACCAAGAGCUUGAUGUGUUUUCUAUUAACUUGGAUAGCCAAGAGUAUACUGACUAUUCAAGUUUGCCAACCUAUACGUUUUAUUCUGCAUUUGCGUAUUUUUUGAAUAAUUUGUAUGUCCAUGGAGGAGGGUUUUCAACUGGGAUAUUCCUAAUUCUUUCAUAAAAAAUGAUUAAAAUUAAUUUUUUUAAAAAAAAUGAAAAUAAAUCCGAAAUUAAUUUUACUCAUAUUGAGUAAGACCAAAUGUCCCUAUAAAAGACUUUUUUAUGAUAAAUUUAAAUCAAACAUGCAAAAAUAAUGAAUGCCUGUGCAGCCCAGGAAGCUAUAAAUAUGAAGACACAUGCAAAGCAUGCCCAGCUGGGUCUUACUCAAGUAUCCUGUAUUAAUUGAAUUAUGUAAUAAAAAUUAUGAUUAAAAUAUUUUUUUAUUUUAAUCUAAACUGUGUACAUAUAAAGCUUCUUCUUGUGAUUUAUGCCCUAUAGGCACCUAUAGUUUUUUUGAGGGCGGAAAUACAUUUCAAGAGUGCUACCCAUGUGCUGAAGGCACUUAUAAUGACCUCACCGGACAAGCUGUCUGUAAAAUCUGUCCAGUGAAUUAUGACUGUUCAGUCGGCACAGUUAAGCCUGCAAAUAAAGUAUAUUCAUAUGGAGAAGUAUCAAUCCAGCCUGAUUCUUAUGAUUCCUCCAGUGAUGAGCAAGAAGCUUUUGUUAUAAUUGCUGAAGGGUUUCUGAUAUUUUUUGUAAUAGUUUUCAUACUUAUUGUGGCAGCUUCAAAAAAAGCCAGAAAUUAUUUAAAAAAAUUUGACGUUUACAAGACACAGCAUAAUUACAAAGAAAAUAGUUACAUGAUUUUGGCAAAAACAAGGCUCGGAGGAUUUUAUACAAUAUCUUUUUAUAUAUUGGCAGCGUUAUUAGUUUUUAUAACUCUAACUACUUAUGCAUUCGAAAACAUCAAUGAGUCUAAAGGGCUGAUUCCUUUAAUUACAGCAGAAAAUGAAGUUUCUUCAUUUUCUGCCAAUCUAGCCUUUUUAGUGACUUUUUCUGGAUAUGGAGGCUCUUGUGUGGCUGAUAACAAUGGGACAUGCUCAAGGUUAAUAUCAUUUUAUUCAGAAAAUAUUAUAGCCGAAAAUGAACCUGGGGACUUAAAAUGUGUACUAACUGACAGCCAGUAUUGCCGAUUAGGGUAUUUUUGCAAAGAUUGUGCAAUAAACACUGGAGCUCAAUUCAGCAUAGUCCUCUCUGAACAAUUUAGUUAUAGCUCAACUAUUUAUGUAAAUAUUACAUCUUCUUCAUCAAUUCCAAAUGAAAUUAGCAGUAUCCAGCAAUCAAUCUCAGCUGAUUCAGGAAAAAUCUUCAGAGGAAACACUCCGACUGAAUUUUAUUUUUCUAUGAUUCCAUCAAUUUUCAAAUCCGAUAUUGAAUCCUGGCCGUCUUUAGCUACAGGAUACCAUGUUUCUACAGAAAAAGCUAUUGAAAAAGGCUCCCAAUGCUCAAAUGUUGAGCUUAUUUCGAAUUCUAAUUUGAAAUUAAACGUAAAUUUAGACUUAAGCAAUAGUGCUCUUAUGACUGAAAGGACUUUAGAACAAACGUGGCUUAUGCUGAUAAGCAGCCUACUUGGGACUGUUUUUGGGCUGAUGGGGACGAUAGGGUCAAUUAUGAGUUGAAAUGAGGAAAAAUGGGAAAAAUUUGUUGAAUGAAAAGAUCAAAAAAACAGUGUACAAGCAAGAAUCCAAAAUUGCAAACAUAUACAAUAUGUAUGUCAACCAUCCCUACCACACAGAUUUAAUGGGGCACGAGAAUUUUCUAAAUCAAGUGCAGACACUGAAGAAAACGAUGCAUUAAUUUCUUCAAGAAGAACCUUCAAAUUUUCUGGAUCACUUGGACAUCUUUCUUCAUUGCAAUAA